AUGAGUGGGUACCGCAAGCGAGACUACGAUGAUUACGCGGGAGAGGAGGCGGGCCGCGUGCGGUACAGUGAUCUGCCGCCCGAGACGAAACUGCAGCGGCGGCGAGUGGAGCGGCGGGAGAAAAAAGAGCGGGAGCGCACACUCGCGUACUUCACAUCUGUGCAGCGGGCCCUCGAUGAGUGGGCGGCGGGCGGCGGGGAUGCGGGGAACAUCGCCGCCCUCGUCGACGGCUUCAUCGUCGAACUCAUCAAAUUACUCCGCGCAGACCCCACGCUGCACUUACUGCGCAACGGCACCGUCUGCAGGGCCAUUGAGGCGGCACUCGCACACUCACUCCUCUUACAUCUCAAGUCACUUCUCUACGUUCUCCUCGGCCGCGUGUACGACACCGCGGCAUCCCCCACCGCCAGUUACGUUCUCGAGGCCAUCGUCGCAAGACUCACCGCCGCCCUCGCCGCAGAGGCAUCUAAUCAACAGGACGGAGAGACACUUCGCAUAGGCGAUGAGGGAUCAACACUCGCAGCGGAAAUGACAGUUGGCGGCCCCGGCGCCCACGCCGACGGCGGCGUUCCAAGUGUCGCAACACUCCUCGCAGGUGUUGUGGACGAACUCGCGGAACGAUCGGACGAUAUUAUUUUGCACGAAGUUGCCGCUCGUGCGGUGCGCUCUAUUGUGUUACUUCUCGCCGGCCGCACUAUCCGCGGUGCCCCACCGCUGCAACACCCCGUGAAGUUUAUACCGCAAUUAGAGAAUCUGGCCACAGCACUCAUGCAGUCGUUAGAGACAACCUUUGCGGAUAGUCGCACCCAAUCUGAUGUUGACGUCUGGCUUGCCAUUGCCAGUACACCAACCGCAAGUUUUAUUGUUCAGAACCUCCUACGUGUGAGUGAGGAAGGCACGGCGGUAGAUGUGGUGGUGCGUCAGCGUUUGGAAUCUGUUAAUGAUAGUGCCAUUUGUAAUGGUAAGAAGGGUUCAACACUGUUGCGACGAUUGCUAUUGGAUCCCAUGGGAUGUCAUAUCUUCCAAGCGUAUCUAAAGGUUCCAGUACCAACUAACGUUUUGGAGGCAUGUGAUUUGAUCGCCACUCGCAAAGCAGCUGAAGCCGAAGCAGGAAAAACACAAAAAUCCACAAAAGAACGACGACUUAAAGAAAUUAUGCGUGAUAUUGCUGCAGAGAAUAAGAUGGAGGAAAAAGAGGAAGAAGGGACAAAUACUCUCAACGUGGAUGAAUACCAAACGUGUUGGGAUAAAGCUCUUGAUGUUUUAUUGGAGGCGAUGGAUGAACUUCUCGAUCCUUCGGUAGAUAGAGUCUCACAGGCGGCAUAUGCUAUACAGGAUCUUGUGCUUUUCACUCCAACGGCAUUGCACUUGGAACGUAUCUGGGAGAAACUGCUUAAACCUAGACUAGAAUUAUUUAUUUCUAAUCCAGCUUUAGCACAAGUUCUUGUUCUCUUUACACGCAAAUGUGCCUUCUCCGGUCCACCCAACACAUCAGAUGAUGAGGAUAAUAUAGCUGCAGUAUUAGAUAACCGUGGUGCUGGUGGUAGUAGUAGUAGUACUGGUAGCGGUGGUGAAGUACUUCCAAAGGAUAUUGAACAACACUUGUAUGCUGAUGUUGCGCAAGGGGUACGCUAUUUUCCUGUUUCUACUGAAUUUCAAAAAUCGGUAACGACAACAUUAUGUUUUGGGAUGAAACAACUCUGCACAAAAGGUGCUACACAAUAUCUUCUUGUGGAGGGUGGUAUGCGAGAGAAGGGAUAUGAGGUGGCACGUUGUAUUCUUCACUUCAAUACCUCCGCAUCGGCAAUGUUUAUUCACGCAAUGGAUAAGUUAUGUCUUUCUGAUGUUGAUGCACUUAUGCGACAGACAAAGGGUAGUCUUGUGAUACAGCAGUAUCUUCGUGCCGCCGCAGGUCUACAUGCAUUUUCUUCUAAUUCUUCUUCAACCACUGCCUUAGCGACAGGAAAGAACGUAGAUGAGCAAAAAGAUGAGAAAACUGCAUUAAUGAGAUUUCUACGCCGAAUUAAGGAACUACUACCGGUGUUAGUGGAUGACAAGUGUGCUGCAUUCGUGGUGGAAGUAUUAUAUGAAGUUGGAUCUCUGGGACUAAAAGAGGAACUGGUAAAGUUGUUGGUACCUAUUUACAGUACUUUUCGUCGAGUACAUGUGGAAAUGAAAGAUCAAGAAGAGGGGCAAGAACAACAGGAAGAUGUAGAAGGAAAUACUUCUGGUACAAAUCGUCCUCAAAUGCGUGGGUUUAUUGCUGGAAAAGUAAUGACGAAGUGCUGUGUGGAGUUGUACAUGCACCGACCUGAGGAAUGGAUGAAGUUAGCACGGCGUCAAUGCCAAGUGCAGAGACUCCUACAACGCAUGUCUGCUGUCACACUGUAG